CGAGACGGGACAGAUGCAGGCAUGGCUCGCCUCAACUGGUGCCUGGCUGCUGUCAUCAGCUGGGGCAAGUUCCUCUUUGCCUGCUUCUUUCCUCUGCGGGGGGCCAAGCGAGACAAGCCUGAUGAGCUGGAGGGCGUCCACACACACACCUUCAAGCUGAAGCCAUUCAAGAAGGCCAAGAGCUGUGAUAUAUGCAAGCAGGCCAUCACCAAGGAAGGCCUCAUCUGCAAAGCGUGCCGGCUGUCCUGCCAUAAAAAAUGUGAAGUAAAGGUCACUACAUCAUGUCAGACAGCUACCAACUAUGAGCUGCCUCCCACUCCUCAGUUGCCAUUAAAGCAUGUAGAUACACCGGGAUCUACAAGGUCCUGCAAGAGUGUGGAGAUAAGGCGAAAACAAUCACGAAGUCAGAGUGUGGUUCAGGCCAUGGAGGAGGGCUAUGAGGUGGACCUGGUCUACAUCACGGAGAGGAUCAUCUCUGUCUCUUUCCCCUCCAGCGCCGAGGAGCACAGCUACACCGCCAACCUCAAGGAGGUGGCGACGAUGCUGCGGUCCAAACAUGGCGAACACUAUCUGAUGCUCAACCUGAGCGAGCGGAGGAAUGACUUAUCAAAAUUAAAUCACAAGGUUCUGGAGUUUAGCUGGCCAGACCACCAUGCACCUGCACUGGACAAAAUCUGCAGCAUGUGCAAGGCCAUCGACACAUGGCUCAGUGGAGACCCACACAAUGUGGUUGUACUACACAACAAGGGGAACCGAGGUCGAACCGGUGUGGUGGUGGCUGCCUACAUGCACUACAGCAACAUAUCUGCAAGUGCUGACCAGGCAUUGGACAGGUUUGCCAUGAGGCGCUUCUACGAGGACAAAGCACUUCCUGUAGGUCAGCCAUCACAGAGAAGGUACGUGCAGUACUUCAACGGCCUUCUGUGUGGACACAUAAAAAUCAACAACAAGCCUCUCUUCCUGCAUCAUGUUAUCAUGCAUGGCAUCCCUAACUUUGAGUCCAAAGGAGGCUGCCGUCCUUUCCUGAAGAUCUACCAGGCAAUGCAACCAGUCUAUACGUCAGGAAUAUACAAUGUACAAGGAGACAGCAACACCAGUAUCUGUAUCACCAUUGAACCCGGUCUGCUUCUGAAGGGAGACAUCUUGCUGAAGUGCUACCACAAAAGGUACAGAAACCCAACAAGAGACGUAGUGUUUAGGGUGCAGUUCCACACUUGUGCCAUCCACGACCUUGGGGUGGUUUUCGGGAAGAACGAAUUGGACGAGACCUUCAGAGAUGAGAGGUUCCCAGAGUAUGGGAAGGUGGAGUUUGUUUUCUCAUAUGGACCAGAAAAAAUCAAAGGUCUAGGGCACUUGGAGAAUGGACCAAGCGUUUCUGUGGACUACAACACCCAGGAUCCUCUGAUCCGCUGGGACUCAUACGAGAACUUUAACCUGCACUGCGAGGACACUGUGGACGACGAGCACGAUGUUGUUCACACCCAAGGUCCACUUGAUGGAAGUCUGUAUGCCCGGGUCCGAAAGAAAAACUCCCUGGACGGAGUUGUCACCAUCAAUGGCCUGCCAGACCAUGAAAAUGAAAACCCUCUGACCAGUUCUGAGAACCCAUUGCAACACACUAACCAUCCCCUCCAAACCACUGACCAGACCCUUCCAGUGACAGGCCAUGCCUCCCUCCCUGCUGUUGACCACACUCUAUCCGUGAGCAGUGACUCAGGCAACUCGACUGCAUCCAUCAAGACCGAUCGUACUGAUGAACACAGCCAGUCGGUUCAGAGCACCGUGAACCACAAUAACCCGACAGCUAUCCAAACAGCACUCAGCCCACAGGAGAAGAGAGAGCUUGACCAGCUCCUGAGUGGCCUUGAGGCACCAAUUCAUCAACAGCAAGCCUACCUGUCCACAUCCACCAGUCCGGGAGGAGGAGUCCGACACCUGGUCCCAGCACAGGUGCAUGUUAAUGGGGGCCACACCAGGUUAGUGGGUGUCCCUUCAACAGAAGAGCGUGAGACAGAUAUUCUUGACGACGAGCUGCCCAAUAGCCAAGAAGGCAACAGUGUGGACAGUUUGGGCACAGUUUCUUCCCUUGAGGGCCAAGCGACACCAGCUGACCUCUACUACCACUCACAGACGCCUGUCAGCAGACAGGGCAACAGGACAUACCUUGAAAGAGGUGUUCUUGGGGAAAAUUUGAGCGAGAUGCCUGUGCAUGGAGUACGAACUCCCACAGCAAUGCAAGAGAGGUCUGUGGACUCCUCACAGAGGGGAUACUACCAUAAUGGAGGUGGGAUAUACCACUCACAAUCCUUUGGGAACCCCCCGGCCAGCAGCCCUGAAACUAAUCCUAAACUGAUGCCCAGGGCCCCUGAAAGGAGCACCAGUAGCCGAGAGGCCGUUCAAAGGGGUCUCAAUGCUUGGCACCAGUAUAGCCUUCCAGACGAUCCGUUUGGCCCUCCGCUUCAGUCAACCCAUAGUUUGCCCCACUUCCCCACCUCAGCCUCUCAACGAGACAUUGAGCAGUCCAUCGAGGCGCUCAACAUGCUCAUGCUCGACCUGGACCCGAUCAGUUCGCACAUGUCCAAGUCCCACAGUGCACCCACUGGGGAGAAUAGUCUCAAUUCAUCACAGGUGCCCUUCUCCCAGACCCUGGCUAGGCCCUCGUACCAAGCAGACUCCACCAUCCACGGAUACAAUAACUCUGGAUCAGUCAACAAUGCCUUUCAUCAGCCCCAACGAUCCACUGGCAGAGUGUCAACAUUGUCUAGCCAGAGCCCAGUUAUGGAGUCUCCAGUGUAUUCUCCCCAGAGACCAAAUGCUGGCUACCAACACCAAAACACUACCCCGACACACACCCCUGAGCCCCACCUUCAUUCACGCCAAGCACCCCUCCACUACCCCAGUGAUCCCUCUUCUAAUUUUAACCAGCAGGCACCACUGAAGCCUGUGAAUUCAUACCCGGGCAGUGGGAUUUCCCACUCCCCAGACCCACAGGGUUCCUCUCCUUACCAAGGCUGCAGUGCUUCUUCUUCUCCUCUCCCUGCUCUCACUCCCCAACCCAAGGAUACAUCGUCUUCCUCUUUGGCCAGAGAACAAGAUGCAGAGGAGGAGACACUAAACUUGGAAGGCCUGGUGGCUCACCGCAUCGCCGAGUACAACGCUCGUAUUCGGGGCAUCAGUGAAAGCAUAACACCGCAACAAUCUGACCGCCAUCGUUCCUAUUCUUUCUCUGGAGUUCGCUCCAGAGGAAUGACCCCAGAAGUGACGCAGGAGAUAGGUCGGCGUCGGACCACCAGUGAGGGACAGUACCAGAGCAAUCGUGAUAAUACACCAGCAGUGCAUUCACAGGAUUUUGCCAACAAUAUGGCUCUGAACCCAGGAGGAAGACCCAGAGAGGGUCUCAUGCACGGCUACCGAGAGGUGUUUCAGGAUGACGAGGCAGACGGGUUUGUCAACAGUCCCACCUUUGGAGGCAGUGGUGAGAAUUCUCCCCAGACCCCCAGCUUCCCUGUGUCGCCACAGACUCCUUACUUCAACAUGUCUCGUUCUCCCCCAGGUUUCACCAAGAAUCCUGUGUCUAUACUGGGAAUGAAGCCACACCAACAGGGGGCAUCAGACACUGAUACUAAUGAUGGAGAGCAAGACAAUUGCAGUUUUGGGGAUUCCAGAGCACAGCCGUUCAACACUCCUCUAUUCCCCAGUAGUCCAAUUCACAGUGCUGAUGGGAGGAGGAUUGUUUCUUCAGAAGGUACUCCCUCCCACCCCCACAGACCCAACUCCCCUGAGGGCUCCCAGGUCAACAUCAUGGGUGUCCACACUGUCCCUGGCAGCCCCAACACCCUCCACCGCACAGUGGCCACCAACACACCACCAAGCCCUGCCCUCCAGAGACGCCUGGGUCAGGCCAGUCCCUCACUGAGCAGACACCCAUCUCCAGCAGGGGUAACCUCCAGUCCUCUGAUUGGCCAAAACCCUAAGACAGCAGCUGCCGGUGUGCCUCCUAGCCCCCUGAUGGGCACACCCGAUGAGCUGGGGGCUGCAUCUCGUCAGGGUAGUGCCCAACCGCACUCUACGCCUGCCUUCCCCAUCUCCCCACAGAUGCCAGAAAAGAGGCACAUGUCCAGCGGAGAUGCAGAGAGGACAGACAACAAGAACGCGACAGCGGCCAGUGGUGGCAGCACACCAAACUUGUCCGGCACACACAUGUUCCCAGACGUCUCCAAGUCCAUAUAUGAUGGUUAUCCAGACAUUAAGAUGAAUGUCAAGUUUGUCCAGGACACCUCCAAGUUCUGGUACAAGCCAGACAUCUCCAGAGAGCAAGCCAUCAAUCUGUUGAAGGACAGGGAGCCUGGAGCAUUCAUUAUAAGGGACAGCCAUUCCUUCCGUGGGGCCUACGGUUUGGCCAUGAAAGUGGCCUGCCCCCCACCGACUGUCCAGCAGAACAAAAAAGUUGGUGACAUAUCAAACGAGCUGGUGAGGCACUUCCUGAUUGAAACGAGCUCUAAAGGCGUCCGUCUGAAGGGUUGUCCCAAUGAACCCUACUUUGGAUGUCUGUCUGCUCUGGUAUACCAACACUCAAUGACUCCACUAGCUCUGCCCUGUAAGCUGAUGAUCCCCACCAAAGACCCAAAUGAUGAGGCGUUGGAACUCGCCACACCAACGGAUCAAGUUGAGUUUCUGAAGCAGGGAGCAGUUCAGAAGGUUCCUGAUGAAGCCCAUGCGUGCAAUGUUCUUUACAUAAACUCUGUGGACAUGGAGUCUCUCACGGGGCCUCAGGCCAUUGCCAAGGCAAUCAGUCAGACGCUGGUGACCAACCCUCUGCCAGCUGCGACCACUGUCCACUUCAAGGUGUCUGCACAGGGCGUUACGCUCACUGACAGUCAGAGGAAAAUUUUCUUCAGACGACAUUAUCCCAUUAACACAGUAACCUACUGUGACACUGAUCCCCAGGACAGAAAAUGGGGAAAAGAAGGAGGUGGCUCACUGAAGCUUUUUGGAUUUGUUGCAAGGAAACAAGGAAGCACAACAGACAAUGUCAGCCACCUGUUUGCUGAGCUGGACCCAGAUCAGCCUGCCUCAGCCAUCGUCAGCUUUGUUUCCAAAAUGAUGAAGCGGUGAAACCUCCCAAUGUCCCAGCAGCAGCGGCGAUUUUGAAAUCUUCCUUCUUCGUUGAUGUCUUGUUGGUCAGGACUCGAUGGCAUCCUUUUUUUCUGUUUCCUGCUGGUUUGUUUCUGUUUCCUUCUCUGUUUUGUUUUUUGUUCUCUCUGUCUUGUUGGUUUGUCUCUGUCUUUUUUGGAAGAGUCUAUUUGAAGGAUUUGUUGUGGAUCCAAAGUGGCGCUAGAGGAUGUGCAGUGUGGAGCUGUGAAUGUGACACUGAGGCCAUUGAAGGGAGAAAAUGUAUUCACAGGGUACUCUGUGCUAGAAGUAAAUGCUACCUAAAGACUAAAGGAAAAGUGUUAAGUUCAGUCAUGGAACAUGUAAGGACUAGUAUGUUUCAGGGUUCUAUGUUGUCACUUUUGUUGAUUGAUUUACCAAAGGUAGUUGCAAUACAAGUGAAAGAAUGAUGUAGCUAUUAAGCCAUUAUUAUUUCCUCUUUUCAAAAGAUGAAGUGUUGAACAAAAAAAAAAAAGAGUUUCUCCUUGAACUUGUCUUCAGGAAAAAAAGUUGGCCUUGAUGGCUUUUAGCAAAACAGUGUCUGAAGACCUUAUGCAUGUUAGCUUGAUUCUUAAGCUUGGUUCCUCUAUCUUCCACAAAAGUCAUUGUGAAAUCCUUAGAGUGGCCAUUUCUGGGUCUGCCGUGUGUUGGAAAGGGCUCUGCAGUAAAAUGACUGAACUAAACUGUGCAUAGCAGACCAGACUCAAAAACCUGCCACGCUGAGGUCACCACAUUUUGUGUCAGUGCAGUCACACGUGCAUCACCUCUGCCUCAGGUCCUAGCCCGAUGGCUCUCUCUCAAAACCCGCUUAUUGGAUCACUCUUGCCUGAAAUCAGCAAGCUCCUGAUAGCAUGGCAGACAGAGCGAGGAAGACUGUUUGUCCACAAGAUGGCACCACUCAUUAAGGCUUGGACCCUACACCCCGCUCACAUAAUCUUACCCAUCCCAGCUGCUUGCAGUAGUGAAUCUGUUGAUAGAUGCUGCCACUGAAACACACUGGAAAUCACCAGGGACUGGCCCACUGACCUGGACCUAUGCACUGUUCUUUAUGCAUGUUGUUGUCCCAAAAUGCACCCUCCCUCAUAGUUACAUUCAGCAUCACUAUAAACAUAAUAUGGUGUGUGCUAAAACAACUUAAAAACCUUUAGACAAGUACGCUGAGGCUGUAUGACUUGUCAAAGACUGCAUGAAAUAGAGAACAUUUUUGUACUCUUCUCCCGAAAAGUAGACAACCCAUUGUUGAAGUAGUCACAUGAUGGUGAGAUAUAUUUUUUACAUUUUUUUCUUGCAUUUCAGUUGAGCCAGGGUUACCCUUCACUGUAUCAAGGACGGUCCGUUCAUGUUUUUCCACAGCGUCAUCAAAAUUUACAUUUAGAUACGUUUUAGGGCAAAUCAAAGAAAUAACAAAACAAAACAAAAAAAAAGUUUUCACACUGUGCGCAAAUGCCUGCUUGUUGAACACGCUCAACCAUUCACAAUAAGCUAAGGAAAAUUAAUAUUGAUAUAAAUGUACAUAGAUAUACUACUUUGAAAGGUGACAUAGCGAAAAAGUAUUUAUUUUUGUUGCUUUGUUCCCUCAUGAUUAUUCAUAUAUACAUAUAUUGUACAGUCUAGAUAAAGAAGAUUACCUAAUGGGUUGAGAAAAAUAUAUACUUAUUUUGGCUAAUGAUUUCAAAGUCUGACGAUUUUGAAAUGUGUUUGAAUAUAUGGUGUACAUUACUUUGUACAUGUAUAUGUUUGUUUUUGGCUCUUCAUGUUUUGCAUUAUCUCGGAAUGAGGUAGGGCAUGAAUGAGACAGAAUCCAAGUGUCUGAAUUGCAUGGACAGAAGCAUCUGAGUGUGUUUCAGCAGCAGAAACACACUCAUAGAACAAAUGCAUUGUAGCUAGUAGAUUUUAAGGUAAAGACAUGCCGAUUUUAGAUGAGGGAAGCAUGCAAAAGUUCAGAAGCCAACCUCAAAUGCAAUAUGAAAGCUGUAUGCACCCAUGACAGUUCCAAUUAUGAUUUUGCCAAAGAUUCAAACACUUUAUGCUGACUGGCUGUGUGUUGGUUUUUAUGUUCAACUGCUACUCAGUUUCCUCUUUGUGUUUCACAUUUGACACACUUUGCUCAGCAUUAUCAGUAAACCUAAGAAAACUGAACCAGCCAGGGCUCAGAAAUUGGUUUCAUAGGUCAUAUAUGUAACACAGGGGCCCCUGCUUUUCAACAGCAAGACAUACAGCUGCAGAUGAUGAAAGUGUUUUGAUGUUUUAACUGGUGUAUCACAAAAAGAAAAACCUGUCCACCUCCAUCACCCAUUCAAGAGCGAACAGGUUCGCUGUGCCCCAAUUUGGAAAUGUGUAAACAAAGCACUUAUAUACACCGUACCAAAAGAGGAGUGCCAUAGAUUCCAUAUGGGUGUCAAAGCUGGAGGUAAAUAAAGUUAGAUGUGUCUCACCAUGAGGCUAAAGCUUUGUCAGACUGCCAAAGGUGUUUUUUUCUCUGGCCCUCUUGAAAGUCAGUGAUUUAUUUAUUCAUAUUUAUUCUUUGAUUUUUCCAGACAUGUUUUUAAAAUUUUUUCUUUCAUUGUUGCAUUAUCACAUAAUUGCAGUUUUUGCAGUCAGUGUUGAUGAAUGGAGAAAUGUAUGGUGGUGUUUUAUUGAAAGCAAAGAGGUACAGUGCACUUAAAUUGACUACUAACGCUCUUAAAUUCUUGUUUUAGUUAUUUGGAGGGAGAAAAAAGGGUUCUAAAUUUACACACACAAAAACAACUAAAAAUGCAUUGUACCUGUGGCUUUGAGUCAAAAGUUACUUUGUUGUUUCAGUGUAAAAGAAGUGGUUUCUGUGACCCCUAUGUACAGACAGACUUGUAUGAACGUGCUACUACAGAUGUACAAAAGGGUCUCGGAUUUUGUCCGUGCUUAUCAUUUACAUUAUAUUGUCAUGGCUUACCUGUUCCUAAGAAGAAGAAAAAAAAUCAUUAAAGCAAUACAAAUCAGUUACAUUAAAGCUAUGUGGGUGUACAUUUGGUUUCGGAGAUUCAGUAAAUGGGUUUAUUUUA